UGUGGCGCCGCCGGCUCCCUCCUUCCUUCUCCGCCUUCCUGCCUGGGGAGUCUUCCUCGGGAGAGGCGCUGGAGGAGGCCGCUGAAGCGCCCCGGGCCCCUGCUCCUCCUCCUCCCGGGCCUCCUCCUCCUCUCGGCCGUGGCGCCUUGGGAGCCCCUCGAUGGCGGAGACGAAGAUCAUCUACCACAUCGACGAGGAGGAGACGCCGUACCUGGUGAAGCUGCCGGGCGUCUCCCCGGAGAGAGUCACGCUGGGCGACUUCAAGAAUGUCCUCAGCAACCGCCCCGUCCAUUGCUACAAGUUCUUCUUCAAGUCCAUGGACCAGGACUUCGGGGUGGUAAAGGAAGAGAUCUCCGAUGACAAUGCAAAGCUGCCAUGCUUCAAUGGACGUGUUGUGUCCUGGUUGGUCCUGGCGGAGAGCUCUCAUUCGGACACCGGUUCCCAGUGCACUGAAAGCCACACAGACCUUCCUCCUCCCCUCGAGAGAACUGGAGGCAUUGGAGACUCCCGGCCCCCCUCCUUUCACCCAAAUGCUGCAAGCAGUCGAGAUGGACUGGAUAAUGAAACGGGAACAGAGUCAGUUGUCAGCCAUAGGCGGGACAGACAUCGGCGAAGGAAUCGGGAAGGGCAUGAAGAUGUCUCCCGCAUCAAUGGACAUUCAAAGCUUGAUAGACACCGAGAGCAUCCGCCUGGCUUUGACAGCUCCUCUACGGUGAUGAGCAGCGAGCUGGAGUCCAGCAGCUUUGUCGACUCCGAUGAUGAUGAAAACACAAGCAGGCUGAGUAGCUCCACGGAACAAAGCACUUCCUCCCGUCUCAUCCGGAAGCACAAACGGCGGAGGAGAAAACAGAAGAUGCGACAGAUUGACAGGUCAUCCUCCUUCAGCAGUAUCACAGACUCUACUAUGUCCCUAAACAUCAUCACUGUCACCCUCAACAUGGAAAAAUACAAUUUCCUGGGAAUCAGCAUCGUAGGCCAGAGCAACGACAGAGGAGAUGGAGGUAUUUACAUUGGCUCCAUCAUGAAAGGUGGUGCUGUGGCAGCUGAUGGACGGAUUGAACCAGGGGACAUGCUGUUACAGGUGAAUGAGGUCAACUUCGAGAACAUGAGCAACGAUGAUGCAGUGCGGGUGUUGCGAGAAAUUGUUUCGAAGCCGGGCCCCAUCAGUCUAACAGUGGCCAAAUGUUGGGACCCGACACCCAGGAGUUAUUUCACCAUCCCCAGGGCUGAACCCGUGCGACCGAUCGACCCCGCAGCUUGGAUCUCUCAUACCACGGCCCUGACGGGAGCAUACCCCCGUUACGGUAUGAGCCCCUCCAUGAGCACCAUCACCUCUACCAGCUCCUCACUAACAAGCUCAAUUCCUGAUUUGGAAAAGCUAGAUGAAUCCCCCUUGACGGUUAAAAGUGACAUGGCUACCAUUGUCAAGGUUAUGCAGUUAGCAGAUUCAGGGCUUGAAAUUCGAGACAGGAUGUGGUUAAAAAUUACUAUCUCCAGUGCAGUAAUAGGAGCAGAUGUGGUUGACUGGCUUUAUACACACGUGGAGGGCUUUAAAGACCGAAGGGAGGCUCGGAAGUAUGCCAGCAGCAUGUUAAAACAUGGAUACCUCAGGCACACAGUGAACAAAAUCACUUUCUCAGAGCAGUGCUACUACGUCUUUGGCGAUCUUUGUGGCAAUCUGGCUGCACUAAACCUUAACAACGGUUCCAGUGGGGCUUCGGACCAAGACACCCUGGGUCCACUCCCACACACAGCUGCACCGUGGCCCCUGGGGCAAGGCUACCCAUACCAGUAUCCUCUUGCCCCUUCGUGUUUUCCACCGGCUUACCAGGACCCAGGCUUCAGCUAUGGGAGCGGCAGUGCAGGGAGCCAGCAGAGUGAAGGAAGCAAAAGCAGUGGUUCUAACCGAAGCAACAGCGAGAACAGCCGGAGGGCUCUGAACUGGGAGAAGGAUCGCAAGUCAGCCGGGAGUGGCAGUGAAUCGGAUCAUGCCACCCGGAGCACGGGAGGGGGCAGCCUUGCGCGGCGGGAGCGGCCUGCCAGCCAGCUCAGCCAUCGCAGCCACGUCUCUGCCGCCACCACCACCAGCGAGAGGAGCCCUCACAGCCACCACUCCUACGGGCCUCCAGGCGUGCCCCCGCUCUAUAACUUCCCGAAACUGGGCUCCAAAGUCUACGGGACCAGCGGCCCCCCCGGGGGACCCCCCGUGCGAGAACUCGGCUCCAUCCCUCCUGAGCUGACGGGGAGCCGCCAGUCGUUCCAGAAGGCCAUGGGCAACCCUUGCGAGUUCUUCGUCGACAUUAUGUGAACAGAAGUGCCUUCAGAUAGUCGUCUGUGCCGUUUUGUCGGGGUUCCUUUUUCAAUUGUGAAUCAACAUUUGGACAAUUUCAAAAGAAAAUUAGGGGCAAAAGAGUGUGUGCUUUUUUAAACAAAAAUUGUGAGAGAAUAACUGCAUCGACUGCCCUUUGCAUGUCACACCUUCCUGACUCUCGAAUUAUGUUUUUGCAAGCAAACAGUGAAAAGAAAAUCUGGGAUGUUCGAUAUCUGCAAAUCACAGAAUCACUCCUCUACCCUUUCCUUCCUUCCUUUUUGCCUGCCUCCCCCCUUCCCAAAUUCCCUUUAUUUUCUGAAUGUGAUCGGUUGGUGUUCUCUUCACAAACCUUAUUGUGCUUCGUUAUAUGUGGCACCUUUUCCCAGUGCAAUGAUACUGUGUCCUCCUUGGUUUAUUCAAGGGAUGGUUUUCUAUGUAGUACUUUAAAAAGAGUGUGUGUAAGAGAGAAGAAAAACAGAAAAGAAAAGAAAAAAGCAACAACACACAAUUCUCCAGUCCUGCAUAUUUGCACCUUUAAAAAUAUUCUGGUUUGUAUCUUUCUGGCCAGGGAAAAACGUGUUUUUGCUUUGAGUUGUUUCUCCUCCUCCUCAUCUAUGAUAAGGACAAUGCUGUCUAGCAGCUGUAAAAAUCGAAUGGCAUAUCUUUGCAGGUGCAUUUUGGGAGCCCCUUCCUCACCAUCUAGUUUGCUCCCUUUUCUUGCUUUUACUAUCAAGCUCCUGGUUGCAUAAGCCAAGCGUGUCUCUUAUGUGUUGUGCUGCAUAUUUUCCAUGGUUCCCUCUCUUCCAUGACUCUGGCCCCAUACAGACAGGCCAAAAUAAAGCUGCUUCGGGACACUUUGGAGGUAUGUUGUUUAAAUGAUGCAUGCAUCCUAAGAAUCCA